AUGCCCGAUAAAGAAAUAGACUACAUCACCUCGAGGGAGCAGGCCUCCUCCACCGAAAAGGAUGGUGGAAUCUACAUCAACGCAUUUGAUGCUGGCGAGCUGAAGCCCGAAAUGGGCAGAUGGGAGCGUUUCAAGGACAGUUUUAGACGUUUCGACGAGAAGGACUUGGGUCUUGAUCCCAACUUGUCCGACAUUGAGAAAACCGCCAUCAUCACCGCCAACUCGCCGUUGUCCCGUGCCCUUAAAGAUAGACAUUUGCAGAUGAUCGCCAUUGGCGGUGCCAUCGGUACUGGUUUGUUUAUUGGUUCCGGUAAGGUUUUGGCCAAUGGUGGUCCAGCCUCCGUUUUGAUCGCUUACGCUUUGAUUGGUGGCAUGAUUUACUCGACCGUCCACGCUUUGGGUGAAUUGGCUGUCACUUUCCCUGUUUCUGGUGCUUUCGUCACCUACAACACUCGUUUCAUGGACCCUUCGUGGUCGUUCGCCAUGGCCUGGAACUACGCCAUGCAAUGGUUGGUUGUCAUGCCUUUAGAAUUGGUCGCUGCCGCCAUUACUGUGCAAUAUUGGGAUGAUAAAACCAACUCGGCUGUUUACUGUGUAGCCUUUUACGUUUUGAUUAUGGCCAUCAACCUUUUUGGCGUCAAGGGUUACGGUGAAGCUGAGUUCAUUUUCUCUGCUAUCAAAGUCAUUGCCGUCAUUGGUUUCAUUAUCCUCGGUAUCGUUAUUGUCUGCGGUGGUGGUCCUCAAGGUGGCUACAUUGGUGGCAAAUACUGGCAUGAUCCUGGUGCUUUCAAUCACGGUUUCAAGGGUCUUUGUUCGGUUUUCGUCACUGCUGCUUUUGCUUUCGCCGGUACUGAGUUGGUUGGUUUGGCUUCCGCUGAGACCAAGAACCCAAGAAAGUCCCUUCCAAAGGCUACCAAGCAGGUUUUCUGGAGAAUUACCCUUUUCUACAUUGUUUCCUUGAUUAUCGUCGGCUGCAUGGUUCCAUACAACAACCCUGACUUGGAGAAGUCUGACGGUACUGCCAGAUACUCUCCAUUCGUCAUUGGUAUCAAGAAUGCCGGUAUUGGUGGUUUGCCCUCUGUCAUGAACGCUGUCAUUAUGAUUGCUGUUUUGUCUGUCGGUAACUCUUCCGUUUACGGUUCUUCCAGAACCUUGGCUGCCUUGGCCGCUGCCGGUCAGGCUCCUAAGAUCUUCAACUACAUUGACAAGCAGGGUAGACCAAUUUUCGGUAUUCUUCUUGCCGGUGUGUUCGGUUUGAUUUGUUUCAUCUCUGCUUCCGACAAGCAGGGUGAGGCUUUCGACUGGAUGAUGGCUCUUUCCGGUUUGUCCUCCCUUUUCACCUGGGGUUCUAUCUGCGCCUGUCAUCUUAGAUUCAGAUACGCCUUGAAGCUGAAGGGUAGAAACACCGACGAAUUGGCUUAUGUCUCUCAAGCCGGUAUCAUCGGUUCCAUCUACGGCCUUACUUUGAACUUCUUGGUUCUUGUUGCCCAGUUCUGGAUCGCCCUUUUCCCCAUUGGCGGUAGUCCAGAGGCUGAGACCUUCUUCAAGGCCUACUUGUCCUUCCCCAUUAUCAUCAUCUUCUACCUUGCUCACAAGAUCUGGAAGAAAAACUGGAGAUUGUAUAUCCCAAUUGCAGAGAUUGACAUUGACACCGGCAGAAGAGAGUUGGACUUGGAUCUUCUCAAACAAGAACUUGCCGAGGAAAAGGCCUACCUUCGCAGCAAACCGCUUUAUUUCAGGAUCUGGAACAUCUUCUGUUAA